UAAACAGAUGCAGCCUGGGCAAGAAAGGCAAGUAAGACAUUCAUUGCCAGUCAUCACACCUGCCACAAUCCUCACCAAGUCUCUUCUUCCAAUUGGCAUGAUCGCACACCCAGCAGAAAAUGUAUCAGCUGUACAGAGACCACCAGAAACUUCCCAGCGAGAGCAGCGACACAUCCAGCUCUAUCCCAGGCAGCGGUGUUGAGACACAAAAGAAUAUCCUCUACUCAACUAGCAGUUUACCUCACAUCGUGGAUUCAUUGCAGGCUGGAUUUUUGGUCCCAGAAAAAGCUACCACCCGCAAGGCAACACGGACUCGGCCCGGCCGCAGCAGCAACCCAAGCAUCCCAGUCGACCUCAGCAUGAUUGAUGAAGUGUCAAGCAGCUCAGAUAGUGGUUCAGAGUCACCUGUGUGUGUGGAAUUGCCACCACAGCCCUUCAUUCAUGAGCACACCGUCAGCAGUGUCACUGCUCAGAUCUCCUGGACAGGACCAAGAAAUGGUGAGCUGAUUUCCUUCUAUGAGUUGCAACUGCAGGAGGCCAAGCUGGACGGUCAAGGCAAAAAUAUCCACUGGUUUUGCUCACAGACUGAAGAGCACCUGGAGAACCUGACUCCUGACACUAAGUACUUGAUCCGGGUGAGGGCUCUCAAUGUGGCAGGUGCUGGGAAGUGGAGUGAACCCUAUAAGUUUGGCACAAUGUCUCCAGUGCAAGGCAUGCCCCUGGAUCCAUCUCCUGUCACUGUCACCGUGCGAAGGAGCAGGAAGUCCCAGAAGAAAACCAUAUUUCUUCCAGCCCCUUAAGAGGACCCAGAACAUAGCAAUAAAGAAUGGCA